CCUUAAAAGGGACCAUUAAACGGAUUAUUUCAGUCAAGUUGAGUCUGGCCUCUGAAAUGAAUAACAGAGAGAAGUAUUGUUUGCAGUCUGUGCAAGACCUGAUUUUACGAGAUGUACAUGCUUGUGAUGUGCAGGAUUACCUCUUUGAGACGAGUGUACUCACCUUGGAUGAUCUGACUUCAUUAGAAGAGGAGAAGAAUCCAAAGAGACAGAUCAGGAUGGUGCUGCAGUGGGUGAAUGAAAGGCCAGCUACAUUUCAGCAUUUUUCAGAUGCACUGCGGGACAGACAUCCUUACAUCAUACAAGAAAUGGAAAAAGCAAGAGCAUCAGCUUCUUCUGACUGCAGUUCUGCUAACCAGCAGCCAGUUACUCCUACCAAGCACUACGUGAUUGAGGGCGAUGGGAACUUUGUUGUCGCUGAUUCAGAAAAUACAAGAGUCCACAUGAAACGCAGAGAUGUUCCUGCUGGACCAGGGCCUAGUUGAUGUCUGGAAGAUUUUGCAUUACGUACACCAACUCAACAUCUCACUAGGAAACCUGAUGGAGAAAUUACUUUUCUAACCUUUGGAUCAAAACUUUGGAACUGGCUACAUACUAUUGUGAAGACUGCUUUUUAUCUGUUGACCAGUUUUAAAAAUGUCUGCAGUCCCAUUUAUUUUGAUGGAGGACAUUGGAUCGCAUUGGCUCAACUAGUCUUUUUGAAGUGAUAUCUUAUUGUAUACAACAAAAGUGGCCCAAACAUGUGGAGUAAUGUGUGCAAUGCUUUGUUACACCACUUUGGAGAUAAAUAAUAAUAAUAAAAACGGUGCUUAGUAA